GCUUGUUCAUUUGAAGAGGAAAUGUGUGUAUCUUAGUGUUUGAAAUGAGCCAGGCAGUACACGUGGCGGAGUUUGAUGCCCUAGUUGGACGACAGUCUUUAUAAGAAGUGCCACCGAAGUAUUUCUGACCUUUAGCUUCAGGGUGCCAGAUACACCCUAGGAAGUGAUCUGUGAGAACCGCAUGGACCUCCUGGCCGUAUUACCCACCGCGAGCUGACCUUUUACCCAGAUGGCACAGGCAUAGUUACAGGGAGGAGAAGUCAGGAUUUCUCUUGGAGCUACCGUGGAAAUAACUGCAAGAACGUGGUUUAGCUGCUCAUUUCACCAUCAUCAAAGCGCAGAAGACGGUCGGGAGCAUUCCUCGGUCUCCAGUUAAUCUAUCCGCUGUAGGAUACAGAGAUCUCGGCUGUUAUUUGUGUUGAUAAAACAGUCUUUACGUGCAGAACCCAAGAUGUCAGAGUUCAGUAGCCAGCCGCUUUAAGACUGAAAUCCAUUCAGAUGGGCAAUGUUCUGUGCCAGUUGGCUGUGAGACCUCUUCUGCUUCAUCAGACAGCAUGGAAAAGCCUCCACCGGUGAACCACACUCUCUCAGAGCCCAUGGAGCAGACAUCCCCGGAAUCUCUGUGCCAUUCCUCUGUUACCAUGGGUACUGCCGAAGCUUCCAGACCCAGGUUUAGAAAGCCUGAGGAAAUCAGAGAGAAGCUUAAGUUUAUCUUGGGUGCAUCAGAAGACAACUCAUCUGAUGACGAACCCCCAGUCACGGGCCAAGCUCCCAAACCCACAAAUACCUCCCAAGUCACGGAACCACUGGAUAUGACACCCUCUACUUCAGAGGAGACAGUGACUCGCCGCCCUCCUACCCUGUCUACGAGCAUGAGGCCUAGCAUGUCCGGACCCUACCUGGUGAGGAAAGGUCGUGAGCAGAGGAGGAUGGAUGUGCCCAGAGACUUCACUGUGGCCUCUCCAGCUGAGUUUGUCAAACGAUUUGGAGGAACCCGCGUCAUAGAUAAGGUGCUGAUUGCCAACAAUGGCAUUGCGGCAGUUAAGUGCAUGCGUUCCAUCCGCCGCUGGUCCUAUGAGAUGUUCCGCAACGAAAGGACCAUUCGCUUCGUUGUCAUGGUAACGCCUGAGGACCUAAAGGCCAACGCAGAAUACAUUAAAAUGGCGGACCACUAUGUGCCUGUCCCCGGAGGACCCAACAACAACAACUACGCCAACGUUGAGAUGAUCGUGGACAUCGCAAAGAGAAUCCCAGUGCAGGCAGUGUGGGCUGGCUGGGGCCACGCCUCAGAAAAUCCCAAGCUUCCAGAGCUGCUCCAUAAAGCUGGGAUCUCCUUCCUAGGACCCUCCAGCAAAGCCAUGUGGGCUCUGGGAGAUAAGGUGGCAUCCUCUAUUGUAGCUCAGACCGCGGGCAUCCCCACUCUACCCUGGACUGGCUCUGGGUUGAAGGUAUCAUGGGGGGAGGAGGAGAAGAAGCUCGGCCAUGUGAUCAGCGUUCCGCCAGAGCUCUACGCCCAGGGCUGCGUGAGGGAUGUGGACGAAGGCAUGGCUGGGGCAGAGCAGAUCGGCUACCCUGUGGUGAUCAAGACGUCGGAGGGCGGUGGAGGGAAGGGUAUCAGGAAGGUGGACUGUGCUGAAGACUUCCCCGGUUUCUUCAGACAGGUCCAAGUGGAGGUCCCUGGCUCGCCCAUCUUCGUUAUGCAGCUGGCACAGCACGCCCGUCACCAGGAGGUGCAGAUCCUGGCGGACCACUAUGGCAACGCUGUCUCACUGUUCGGCCGCGACUGCUCCAUCCAGCGGCGCCACCAGAAGAUCAUCGAGGAAGCUCCUGCCACCAUCGCCCCGCCUUCCACCUUCGAGCAGAUGGAGAGGUUCGCAGUGCGCAUGGCUAAGAUGGUAGGCUAUGUGAGUGCGGGGACUGUAGAAUACCUGUUCUCCGAGGAUGGCAGUUUCCACUUCCUGGAGCUGAACCCCAGGCUUCAGGUGGAGCACCCCUGCACCGAGAUGAUCGCUGACGUCAACCUGCCCGCUGCCCAGCUCCAGAUAGCGAUGGGGAUCCCUCUGUACAGGAUCAAAGACAUACGUGUGCUGUAUGGGGAGACGCCAUGGGGAGACGCGCCGAUUAAUUUUGAGUCUCCUGAGUGCAUCCCUUGCCCUCGUGGACAUGUCAUUGCUGCACGCAUCACCAGUGAGAACCCAGACGAGGGCUUUAAGCCAAGCUCAGGCACCGUGCAAGAGCUGAAUUUUCGCAGCAGUAAGAAUGUGUGGGGCUACUUCAGUGUAGGGGCGGCAGGAGGCCUGCACGAGUUCACAGACUCCCAGUUCGGACACUGCUUCUCCUGGGGCGAGAACCGCGAGGAGGCCAUCUCUAACAUGGUGGUUGCCAUGAAGGAGUUGUCCAUCCGGGGAGAUUUCAGGACCACGGUCGAGUACCUCAUUAAAUUGCUGGAGACAGAGAGCUUCAGGAACAACGAGAUUGACACGGGCUGGCUGGACCAUCUGAUCGCCGAGAAGGUUCAGGCUGAGCGACCAGACACCAUGCUGGGGGUGGUGUGCGGAGCGCUUCAUGUAGCCGAUUCCAGUUUCAGGAAAAGCAUGUCCGACUUCCUGCACUCUCUAGAGAGGGGGCAGGUGCUGCCUGCAGCCAGCCUGGUUAACACAGUGGAGGUGGAUCUGAUCUACGAGGGGGUCAAAUACUGUCUCAAGGUGGCCCGUCAAUCCCCCACUACCUACGUGAUCAUCAUGAACGGUUCCGACAUCGAGAUUGACGUCCACAGGCUUAGUGAUGGCGGCCUGCUCCUCUCUUACAGUGGCAGCAGUUACACCACCUACAUGAAGGAGGAAGUAGAGAGUUACCGAGUCAUCGUGGGCAACAAGACGUGUGUGUUCGACAAAGAGCGAGACCCUACUGUUCUCAGGUCGCCCUCUGCUGGCAAGCUGGUGCAGUACCUGGUGGAGGAUGGGGGUCAUGUGAUGUCAGGGCAUCCAUAUGCUGAGAUAGAGGUGAUGAAGAUGGUGAUGACCCUGACGGUGCAGGAAUCGGGCUGCAUUCACUUCGUAAAAAGACCUGGAGCAGUGCUAGAGCCCGGCUGUGUGGUGGCUCACGUGAACCUGGAUAACCCUGGCACCAUUCACCCUGUGCAGCUGAACACCGAGUCCUUACCUGCUCAGGAACCCCUCCCCAUGGUGGGGGAGAAGCUGCACCAGGUGUUCCACAGUGUCCAGGAGAACCUGGCCAAGGUCAUGGAUGGCUACUGCCUUGGUGAUCCCUACUUCAGUGACAGGCUGUAUAAGUGGGUGGGCACCCUGAUGCACACGCUGCGUGACCCCUCCCUCCCCCUACUGGAGCUCCAGGAGAUCAUGACCAGUGUGGCGGGCCGCAUCCCUGUUACCGUGGAGAAGGCCAUCCGGAAGGUUAUGGCCCAAUACGCUAGUAACAUCACCUCUGUACUCUGUCAGUUCCCUAGUCAGAGGAUCGCAAACAUCCUAGACAGCCACGCGGCCACGCUCCAGAGGAAGGCAGACCGCGAGGUUUUCUUCAUGAACACGCAGAGCAUUGUACAGCUGGUCCAGAGGUAUCGCAGUGGUAUUCGAGGCUAUAUGAAGUCUGUAGUGUUGGAUCUGUUACGACGAUACCUGCAGGUGGAGAAGCAGUUCCAACAAGCUACCUAUGAUAAAUGUGUGAUAAACCUGAGGGAACAGUACAAGCCAGACAUGACCCCCGUGCUAGAGUUUAUCUUCUCCCACGCGCAGGUCUCCAAAAAGAACGCACUUGCCACCAUGCUCAUAGACCAGCUAUGUGGGCGGGACCCAACACUGCCGGAUGAUGUGGUGGACAUACUGAAUGAAUUUACCCAGCUCAGUAAGAUGGAAAACUCCAAAGUUGCUCUGUGUGCCAGACAGGCACUGAUUGCAUCUCAUUUACCGUCAUAUGAGGUGAGACACAACCAGGUGGAGUCCAUCUUUCUGUCCGCAAUAGACAUGUAUGGCCACCAGUUCUGCCCCGAGAACUUGAAGAAACUCAUCCUGUCCGAGACCUCCAUCUUUGACGUUUUGCCCAGUUUCUUCUACCACAGUAACCGUGUGGUGUGCAUGGCUGCUGUGGAGGUAUAUGUGCGAAGAGCUUAUAUAGCAUACGACCUCAACAGUCUCCAACACCACCAACUGCAGGACGGCACAUGUGCCAUUCACUUCCAGUUCAUGCUACCCUCCUCCCACCCCAACAGAGGGAGCAGCCCAACGCUGAACAGGUUGUCCAUGCCAACGAGCGACUCUGGCGAGUUUGAGACGAAGCGGCAGGGGAGCGACCCCCUCUUCCUGGAGGGGUCGCUGUCUCCUCCUUGCCAACGGAUGGGAGCCAUGGUGGCCUUUCGGUGCUUCGACGACUUUAAGAGAUGUUUUGAUGAGGUGAUUUCCUGUUUUGCUGACCCACUGUAUGAGAGCCCGCUCUUCUCUGAGGUUGUCCCUUGCCUCUAUGAUGAGGAGAGUAGUAAGAACAUGAGGGAGAACCCCAUUCAUAUCAUCAACGUCUCAAUUAAGUCAGCGGACACUGAGGAUGACGAUGCACUGGUCUCAGCCUUUACGGACUUUGCUCAGUCUAAAAAAUCUCUGCUGUACGAGUAUGGAAUCAGGAGAAUCACAUUCCUGGUGGCACAAAAAAGGGAAUUUCCCAAGUACUUCACAUUCAGGGCCAGAGAUGAGUUCCAGGAAGAUCGGAUCUACCGGAACCUGGAGCCGGCGCUGGCCUUCCAGCUGGAGCUGAACCGCAUGCGUAACUUCGACCUGACCGCCGUGCCCUGCGCCAACCACAAGAUGCACCUGUACCUGGGCGCUGCCCGUGUCCGCCAGGGGGCAGAGGUCACUGACUACCGCUUCUUCAUCAGGGCCAUCAUCCGCCACUCUGACCUCAUCACCAAGGAGGCCUCGUUUGAGUACCUGCAGAACGAGGGCGAGCGUUUGCUGCUGGAGGCGAUGGAUGAGCUGGAGGUGGCGUUCAGUAACACACCCACACGCACCGACUGCAACCACAUCUUCCUCAACUUCGUCCCCACCGUCAUCAUGGAUCCCGUCAAGAUUGAGGAGUCCGUGCGCUCCAUGGUAAUGCGCUACGGCAGCCGCCUGUGGAAGCUGCGCGUGCUGCAGGCCGAGCUGAAGAUCAACAUCCGCCUGACCCCCACGGGCAGCACCAUCCCUAUCUGUCUGUUCCUCACCAACGAGAGCGGAUACUACCUGGACAUCAGCCUCUACCAGGAGGUGACGGACCCCACCUCAGGCCAGAUCAUGUUCCAGUCGUACACAGAGAAGCAUGGUCCUCUCCAUGGCAUGCUGAUCAACACGCCCUACGUCACCAAAGACCUGCUGCAAGCCAAACGCUUCCAGGCCCAGAGUCUGGGCACCACCUAUGUCUACGACUUCCCAGAGAUGUUUCGCCAGGCUCUAUUUAAGCUGUGGGGACCGGGGAACGUCUACCCUAAAGACGUGCUGCUGUGUAACGAGCUGGUGCUGGACCAUCAGGGCAGACUCGUCCAGAUGAACCGGCUGCCCGGAGACAACGAGGUGGGAAUGGUGGCAUUCCGGAUGAAGAUGAAGGCUCCGGAGUACCCCGAUGGGCGGGACGUGGUGGUGAUCUGCAACGACAUCACGCACCGGAUCGGCUCGUUCGGGCCACAGGAGGACCAGCUGUUCCUGCGGGCGUCGGAGCUGGCGCGGGCCGACGGGAUCCCACGCAUUUACAUCUCAGCCAAUAGCGGCGCUCGCAUCGGCCUGGCCGAGGAGCUCCGCCCCAUGUUCCAGGUGGCCUGGGUCGACCCCAACGACCCCUACAAGGGCUUUAAGUACCUGUACCUGACCCCUCAGGACUACACCCGCAUCAGCUCCACCAACACCGUGCACUGUCGCCAUGUGGAGGAGGGGGGCGAGUCCAGGUACAUCAUCACUGACAUCAUCGGUAAGGAGGAGGGGCUAGGAGUGGAGAACCUGAGGGGGUCAGGGACGAUCGCAGGGGAGUCGAGCCUGGCGUACGAGGAGAUUGUCACCAUCAGCAUGGUGACGUGUCGUGCUAUCGGCAUCGGCGCGUACCUGGUGCGUUUAGGACAGAGGGUGAUACAGGUGGAAAACUCCCACAUCAUCCUCACUGGAGCAGGGGCCCUCAACAAGGUCCUCGGGCGAGAGGUUUACACCUCCAACAACCAGCUGGGCGGAGUGCAGAUCAUGCACAACAACGGGGUCACGCACACCACCGUGCCUGAUGACUUCGAGGGUGUCUUCACUAUCCUGCAGUGGCUGUCCUACAUGCCCAAGAACAAUCGCAGUCCGGUGCCUGUGAUGCCCCCUACUGACCCGGUGGACAGAGAGAUAGAGUUCAUCCCCACCAAAGCGCCAUACGACCCCCGCUGGAUGCUAUGUGGACGACCCCACCCUAGUGUGAAGGGGGUGUGGCAGAGUGGCUUCUUUGACCACGGCACCUUCAUGGAGGUGAUGGCCACCUGGGCUCAGACCGUGGUGGUGGGCAGGGCCAGACUGGGCGGGAUUCCCCUUGGGGUCAUUGCUGUGGAAACCCGGACCGUGGAGGUUGCCAUCCCAGCAGAUCCAGCCAAUCUGGACUCUGAGGCAAGGCUGGUGCAGCAGGCUGGUCAGGUUUGGUUCCCGGACUCUGCGUAUAAAACCGCUCAGGCUAUUAAAGAUUUCAACAGAGAGGGGCUGCCCCUCAUGGUCUUCGCCAACUGGAGAGGCUUCUCAGGGGGCAUGAAAGACAUGUACGACCAGGUGCUGAAGUUCGGCGCCUACAUCGUGGAUGCUCUGCGUGAGUUCCGGCAGCCGGUGCUGGUCUACAUCCCGCCCCACGGCGAGCUUAGAGGAGGAUCAUGGGUAGUGAUUGACCCCACCAUCAACCCCCAGUACAUGGAGCUCUACGCUGAUGGAGAGAGCAGGGGUGGUGUAUUGGAGGCAGAGGGGACAGUGGAGAUUAAGUUCAGAAGGAAGGAUCUGCUGAAGACCAUGCACAGGAUUGACCCUGAGUGUGUUAGACUGGUGGAACAGCUCAGCUCUCCAGAGCUUUCCCCAAAGCAGCACAGUGAGAUGGAGGCCAAGCUCAAAGCCAGAGAGGACUACCUUUUGCCCAUCUACCACCAGGUGGCAGUGCAGUUUGUGGACCUGCACGACACGCCCGGUAGAAUGCAGGAGAAGGGUGUCAUCACGGACAUCCUGGACUGGAAGAGCGCCCGGUCGUUCUUCUACUGGCGUCUGCGGCGCCUCCUGCUGGAGGAGGUGGUGAAGGGCGAGAUCGUGCAGGCCAACCAGGACCUGGGCAGCGGGCAGCUCCAGUCCAUGCUCCGCCGCUGGUUCAUGGAGACCGAGGGCACCGUCAACGCCUACCUGUGGGACAAUAACAGAGCAGUGGUGGACUGGCUGGAGAGACAGCUGUGUCAGCAGGACGGCAUGCGCUCAGCAGUCAGAGAGAACAUCCAGUACCUGAAGAGGGACUAUGCCCUCAAACACAUACGCAGUCUGCUGGAGUCCAACCCAGAGGUGGCCAUGGACUGCAUCAUCCACAUGGCCGAGAACAUCACUCCGUCCCAGAGAGCCAAACUGUCCCACCUGCUGGCCACCAUGGACACCAUGGACCCGUCCUCCAGCCAUUGAGUUAGGACCACUGUAGCCGCUACCACUGCCACAGUGGGAACACCGCACACAGUAAAUAUCAGGCCAGUGUUGGGCAUUCACUACCCUGGCUAGAACCGGGUAAGCAAAUAAAACUUCUACCAAUGGAAAAGGACGUUCUUUUUGUUUUUCUCAGGAUCAAAGCAAGUGUCGGUCACGCACACAAAAACACGCGCACACAAACACAGAUGGCUAGACCCUCCAGUGCAUUUCAAUCACUUCAGAGUCCAGAUAUUGGGCAUUUUACCUGUCAAAGUUUUUUGGUUUUUUGUUGCUUUAUAACAUGACAUUGCAAAAUGGGUUUUCCACCAACACCGAGAUGCAUCAUUGAAUGUUUGUACUUAAAAUGUUAAUAAUCGCCAGUGUUGCCUUGAAACCACUGAUCAAAACCUUAUGUCCACAUCUUGCUGUUCUCAUUGUCUGCACUUUACACUUGAGGCCUGAGCAUAAUCAUCAUUUCAGUUCAGAUAGCACGUGAAGGAAUAGCCGAAGGAGGUCCAACUGCACUCCAGGAAGUGCACCUGUUUGGGUGCAUCAGAGCAGGGCAAACCCUAAACACUAAUCUAUACCUUGGCCCUCCUGAUUUCACAUCACUCCUAUGUUUGGAAAGAGCUGCCCCUCAGGCAGAGCUGCCCUUCGGUUUUUUUUGUGGUGUUUUAUUCUGUUUUGUUUUGUUUUUAAGUCACGCAGUCUGUACACCUCGCACUCUUCUUUCAGGGAAAUGGAACUGCUGACUUAUUUCUGUGUGCCAGACUUGCCAAGGAAUCAAAUGACUGCAAAUAGCUUUUAUAUAAUAGCAGUAUUAAAUCAUACAGAGAACUUUUAAAAAGUAUUUUGGGGUGUUUAAGUAUGUUGGGUUUUUUUGGUUUUUUUUUGUGCACCAGUGUAUCUUCCUUUGGUUUGUCAUGUUUUUAAUUAUGCUUUCAUUCAUUUGAAACACAGUAUCAGUCAGCAUAAGCUGUAGUGGGUGGAAACUGUUGAAGCCAAGCUCUGGGAUGGAAGAGCAUCAUGGGAGAUUUUCAGUGUCAUGUGGUCAAAUAUGCAUUCUGUGUUUAUUAUCACAAGGUUAUAGUCAACACUGAAAAAAUGGAGUUAUCUAAAUAUAGCAGGGUUAUGAUCAUUGCUGUUAUACAUUUUGUAAUAAUUCAUUGUUUGUACUGACAUUAAACAUUUCAGACAUUUAGUUUACAAAGUAAUAAACGUUCUCAAAAUUUGUAGCUGCCAAAUGACAGUUGUCUCUUUCUGAAGUGCUGGAUUUUUGCUGUCUGUUAUCCAGAUGCUUUUAAAAACACCAUGAUGUCUAUUCUGAAUAAAUAUAUUUUCCAUAUCCCAAGCGUA